AUGGGGAACUGCCAGGCGGCGGAGGCGGCGAACGUGCUGCUCCAGCACCCGGGCGGGCGCGUCGAGCGGCUCUACUGGUCCACCAGCGCCGCCGAGGUCAUGCGCGCCAACCCGGGUCACUACGUCGCGCUCGUCACGCUCCGCGUCGCCGAGGAGCGGCAGGACGCGCCCGGCGGCGAGCGGCGCACCGUGCGCCUCACGCGCGUCAAGCUGCUCAAGCCCAAGGAGCCGCUGCUCCUCGGCCACGUCUACCGCCUCAUCACCACCCAGGAGUUGACGAAGGCGGUGCAGGCGAGGAAGGAAGAGAAGCAGAGGAAAGCGCAGCAGCAGCUGCUGGAGUCGAGGCAGGGCACGCCAAGGGGCGCGGCCGAGGAGGACGACGACGAGGCAGCCUUGGACGCCAGCCUUGAUCAGUUGGCGCGUCAGGACAACGGCAGCCGGAGCUCCAGUGCGCGGCACCGGCAAUGGCGGCCGUCGCUGCAGAGCAUCGACGAGGCCACGAGCUGA